CCAUGCUGCACUGAACACCAGCGUCUCACCUUGUGCUGCGCCAUGGAGAGCCCCGUCGCGACGACCUUUGUUGUGGGCACAGUUGCAAUUUACAUCUCCUAUGUCUACUGGUUGGGCGCUACUGGGCCACUUGCCGCCUUUUUGUCUUUGCAGAGCAAGAAAACAGACGACCCAGACCAAAUAAAGAUCGAACAGGUGCUGCUGCGAAUCCACAACAAACGCUGUUCUGCCUGGGUGGCUGGAACAGCCUUGUCCUCACUUUGCUCUGAGAUGUAUUGCAUUUUCCUCCUCGUGCAAAGUCAAUUUCGUGGUGGGAUCGAGGACAUUGCCUACUCCUUGCAUUUCUGGACGGCCUUCUCUUCUGCUGUUUUAACUCGAUGGGCCUCAAAGCCAGGUGGCAAGACCUCGCGGCAACAGACCAUGAUGCUGAGUAUAUUGAUCAAUCUCCUUGGGCUGCUCAACAGCGUGGACCUGUCAAACCACCUCAUGGCUGCCAAUUAUCUUGGCCGUGCGUUCAUUGGAAGCUUCUCUCCUGACAUCUGGUUCACCGUGCGGGUGAACUUCUACCUGCUCCCCGCCUUUGUCGCCUGCGGCUAUGUGCGCCAAGGCCCUGAGAGGGACUUGUCCAUCUUGCCGAUUCUCUUUGUCAACGAGGUCGUCUCCGUGGUGUUCAUGGCAGUGAUUUUGGGCCAGCUCAACUACUUGACCAUUCGUCAGGAGCAGAGCACCAUGGAGCUGGAAGAGAGUCUCAAAAAGGAGGAGAUCCGGACCAAAGAUACAGAAUCAAUCUUGAAAGCUGCCAAAGGCCUCCUAGCAGUGAUGUGCGACUGCUGCGAGCAGCUGUCACAUAAUUGGGAGGUUCUGCAGCCCUCCAACAAGAUCUUGGAGAUGUUCCGUAUCAGCGGUGGGAAGGAGAAGGCGCUCCCAAAUUUCUCCCUCCUUGAGUUCAUUGCUAUUGAGGAUCAGGAUCGCUUCACCCACUUCAUGGACACCUCGCAGGUGGACGCUGUCAGCUCCCUUCACUUGCGCAUGCAGGACCACAUCGGAGGUUCUCUUGAUGUACAGCUUUUCCACAUGCCGGUGCCAAGCGGCAGUGCCACGGGCUUGCCACAGCACUUAGUGGGCUUCAAUGUGAAGGACUUGCGCGAACCACGACCUCUUCGACGGGAUAUCCCCAGUAUCCCCGAAGGCGAAGUGCUGAUGGAGGAUUGCGCGAGUGUGAGCUCCAGCGAAGAGACCACUCAUUCGAGUCAGAGUCAGAGUAGCCGCAGGCUAAAGGCUCAAGUGGAGAACAUGUCGGUGGCUUCCAGAGAUCCUGCAGGAUUUCUCGGCAAUGUCCUGCAGCAUGUGAACUCGGUUGAGCAAGUGAAGUUGAUCUUGGACCUUCACUCCUGCCAAGAAGGCUAUGCGAUACGAGAGAUGGCCGUCUCCUUCAAGGAGGCAGGCCCAGGCAUCAGCCCGCUCUACUUUUACAAGUUGCUGAAGAAAAGGUGUCGUGCUGUGGUUGAAGAUUUUAUCCAAGAGCAUGUGAACUGUUUCUACCAUGGCAUCGACAGCUCCGAGCGUUGCACGGGUACCAAGAUGAAGAUUCCCAGCAUGGGUGCCAUCAUGGUCGGCGAGAUGACCGUACAAGAUAUCCGCUUCUCAGAGGAACAAUUUCACUUGGAGCUGAACAUGAGGAAUUUCGUGGCAAAGAAAUGAGGACUGGUCUUGACCAAAACCCUUCGAACAAGAUCUCUCGGAGUCUCCAAGAAUCUGUUUCUCCAACUCUGAGGCCAUG